AUGAGUGACAAGGAAGUAAUUGCUUUCAGGUCCCGACUGGUGGAUCUAGAUGAAUGGCAUCCAGAUAUAGUUGUCGGAGUCGACUUUGGUAUGACAUACACCGGAGUGGCAUACUCGUGUGCGCCAGGAUGGUUACCACCAAGGACAAUCCAGCGCUGGCCUGGCAAAUUGCCUGGUGAGUUGGCAAACAAAGUACCUACCUGUAUUGAGUACGAGGCAGACUCGACGACAGUGAAAAACUGGGGGUUUCUCUGCGACCAAGAAGACCAGUCAUGCGUGAUAUACGAGUUCUUCAAGCUUCAUCUGGCGCCUCAUUAUCGUGACGAACAUAGCGUCGAUAACAGCGGUCCCAGCAGGAUGGAGGCGCAACGAUGGUUUCGAGACUAUAUUCAAUGCAUUUAUCAGCAUGUAAUGAACUAUCUAGCCAGUACGAUCCCAGGGUUCCCAUUACGGAAAGUUGAAAUUCUCUUCAGUGUUCCGACUACCUGGAAGGAUGUACGAAUGAUUGAAGAAACUAGGACUCUGAUAGAGCAGGCAAUAAUGACGAGAUCGUCCAAUCAUCAAGCUGCCAUUGGCUUGACUGAGGCCGAAGCCGCGGCUGUUUAUGCUUGCAAGCAACAUUAUCAGAGAGGCGACACUAUUAUGGUCUGCGAUGCUGGAGGGGGAACAACUGAUGUCAACGUACUCAAAUUGCUGUCAUCAACUGGCGAGCCUACAGUCCUCAAACAACUAGGCAACGUCGAAGGACGACCCAUCGGCUCUGUCUUCAUCGACCGAACUAUCCAUCAGUUGUUGUGCGAAAGAUUAUCAAGAAUUUGCCAUCACUUACCCAAGACUCCAACUGACACAGCAUGGAAAAUGAUAUCCGGACGUUUCCAGCGACUCAAAUGCUCCUUUGGCACUGAUGCAACUUCAACGCCGUGGUUGAAACUUGAUGUUCCCUCAUUGGGACCUGGAUCAGACUUCCCUGAAGCAGAGAUUCAGAACGGGCAAAUGCGAAUAUCAUGGGAUAUCUUGAAACGGUGCUUUGAUGUUAAGAUCGACGAAAUGUGUGACCUCCUCGAUGCUCAAAUUGAGCAAACACGCACAAAAUACCCGAACGAGAGAAUUUCGUAUAUUGUCCUCUCGGGAGGAUUCGGCAGCUCUCCAUAUGUGAGAAAACGCCUUCUUGAUCGGUAUAACAGCUUGCCUGUUAAGUCUCCUAUUAGUGAAAUUCCUGAUCAAACGGGAAUGCAUGUUCUCAUGGCAGAUGAACCCCAACUUGUUGUGGUUCAUGGUUUAGUGCUAGACCGAACACAGCAACUCCAGCAAGGAGUGGUCAUUUUCGAAUCGAGGUGUUCUCCUGUGAGUUACGGAAUUAUAUGUGACGAGAUCUACGACCCAGUAAGACAUGUUGCGGAGCCAAUAAGGCUGGAUCCUCGCGACAACAAUAUAUAUGCAACACGUCAGAUAGAUUGGCUCGUCAUUCAGGGAAAGCCAAUCCCGCACACAGGAAUAGCAAAAGCGUUCCAACUCAAAAUGGAACUCGACGAAGACAACGAAAUAUACAAAGUUCACAUCGUCAUGUCGACUCUCUCGCCCGAUAAUCUUCCUCGGAGCAUGAAUCAGGGUGGUGCACAACGAGUAUGCAGUCUCGACAUCCCCACCGGUUACGUGGAUAAAAAGCUGAAAAACCGCCACUGGUAUAAUUUCAAGCCUGCUUAUUUGAGAGCAACAUUUGACGUGAAAGUUGUGGUUGGGCCGGCCGAUCUUAAAUUUCAGCUAUGGAACAAGGAAACUCACAUCAGGAGCAGAGAGCAUGAGCCUAUCCGAGUGAAGUGGGAGCCUGCUAGAGAUUUGAACGAAAAGCGCAACAAUUUGUAAUUGGUGGCGGAUGAAUAACCUAUCCUCCUAAAAGCAUCAUGCAUGCUCUUUCUGCUUUGGCGUGCUGUCUUGGUAUUUGCAAUUAAGACUUUGUCGAACUAGGGUUCCCAACCCCUAGUGAGUUAAGAUUGAUAGACCGGCUCAAAGGCUAUCUUCUUUAAGUGUGAAGUGUCCUAUCUUCGGCAGCUGCAGCGGGGUCUACUGUACGUGAAAGUAGGAAUAGUUAGUUAAUGUUGGUUCUGCUGUGAUUGGCUUAGUUCAUGUUCCUAUUCUGUGUCAAG